UUGACAGUUGAUAGUGAGCGCGCGAUGUGAUCAUUAUUCAUUUUCGUAUAUUUCGUAAUCACGCCGAGUCAGCAAAAGAUAUUAAACCUCAAACCAUUUCCUAUACUUAUACAGUUGUGGGCUAGAAUACCGUUAUUGUAUUGCAUAAAAAAUACCUAUUUAUUGAAAAAUGCCUGCUAGCAGUAUCAAUCUGUACCAUAUGCAAGAUACCAAAAAUAAUUUUGAAGCUAUGCGACCUGCGCCUGUUUGCACUGACACCAACAUACUUAUGGGCCAAUGCCAGAAUAUUCACGUCUCAACUAAUUGCUAUUAUGGCUUUCAUGAUCCUAAGAGUAUUAAAAACUAUCGUGAUAAUGCCGAUUGCGAAAUGGUAGAUGUGUCACAUGUUCCUGAGAUUAAAGCAUUACCAAUGCCGCUAAACAACGCCCGAAAAAGAAGUGCAGAAGACAGCACGUAUUCACAAAAUAAACGCCUUCGAGAAGAGGGUAUGGUGCCAACGCCUUCAAACUACAACCCAUGUUUACUGCGUCCCACCCACAACAAUCCAGAUAUAUCUCGUUGUCUCAUGGUCCAUAUGAUAUAGUCUAGUUAAAAAUCUGCAUAUCUCGAUUUUUAAUUUAAUUCAGAAAUGUUGAUUUUAUCUGCAGAAGUACAAAUAAAGAACAAAUUGGAUCCUGAGACAAUUGAGAAAAAGAAACUAGAAACUAGUUCAGAAGAUUUGUUGGAGUGUCUUUAUUGGAAUAUACAUGGAGGAAACUUUUUUCAGUUGUUACAGUGUCCGUGAUGAACAUUAUGUGUAAAAUUUAAUAAUAACAUUGGGACUCUAAAGAUAAGACUUCUGUACUAAAUUUUUUGUAAAAGAAGUAUAUUGAGCAUAUAUUUUUAAAUAAUUUUCCUAAUAAAGUUGAAAUAGGAAAAGGGAGGCUUUUUAUUUAUAGAAGAAUAGUUUAUAUAUUCAUUUAUUCUAAAUAAAUAUUACAUAAAUGAAGCUAUGUAAAUAUAGACAGUGAACAAGCAGUACAAUGGUUUAAUUAUGAAAUUAAUGAUAAAUUGAGAAAAAUAUUGUUCCAUUACUACUUGACCUAAUCUGUAAAAGAAAAAUAAAUUUAAUUAUUUUUGUUUUGUUUUUCUGUUGCAGAUGCAGAUGAAGAUUUAAUGAAAUAUUUUUUUUCAGGGUCACUUAAACAGUAGAUCAAACAACUGUUUGAUGUUUGAGUGUUUGCUUCAUGUUGGCUGGAUAUUAAAUGUCACCUUUUUGUUUUUCAGAUGAUUCUUCCAUAUGCAGCCUUGUUGGCACACGGUCAAGCCCGAGCCACUCUGCUUCCGCCUUUAAUAUAAACAUAAUCAAGUAUUAUUUCCUAUGUUUAGUACAUAAUAAAUUAAAAUUGUACUACAAAUAUUUUUUGGCCUGAUUUUAGAAAAUAUAAAAAAUAUCUUAUUGAUCUGUGAUAUUAAAUGUACCUGAUUUAUUAUAAAAAUAAAUUUGUAUACGAAA